AAUCAACAUUUACAAUUCUAAAGAGCCUUGUUGCUGCCAGAAACACAGACGCUGACCUGGCCAUAUGUCCGGGGUCCCAGAGGGCCCGGUCCCAGCUUGAUACAAUCAAUAAUAGCAUUUAACAGCCACUAAAUCUGGUGAUGCUGGAACAACCUGAGUCCACCAUGUCUCUUUUUUGAAGGCAAUGGCUGAGCAUGAAUAAUCCACACAAUAGCUCAUCUGGCUGCAGCUACUGCGAACAAAACGUCAAUCUCUGGGUUAGUUUAAGACCAAAAAUAAAACCUCUUUUUAUUUCACCCUAUAAAGGCUGAUUUUUUUUUUCACUCCAGUUCUAUGAUCUGAGCCUAUGAGCCUCAGCAGCUUUCCAGGAAAGCAAAGGACCAUUUUCAGACACUCAAAGGUCAAAUACUAGCUCCGCCCUUAAAGCCAGGUUGAUAUGGUGUGAACAUUUGUUAUAGGUAAAGAAAUGGGGCCCACAUGGAAAUAAAGGCCCAGAAUAGGAUAAAAAAAAUAACCAAUGAUCCCAUCAAACAUCAAUCUAUCAUUAUACAGCAGUAACUUAGCAGAAACACACUCCAGAGUUGAGUCUCCUUUAGGCCGCGUUUCACCUCCACCCUUGUAAGCCAGCAUAAAUAAAGAUCAGUCACUUAGUGUGACAGGAGAGCUGCUUAUAGCCCUCAAUCUGCUUAUUUGUGCCUGGGCGACUCUGCCAGGCUUUCUCCAGAUGAUGAAUCUCGGUUCUCCAUCCAGGUGUAUAAUACAUCACCGAUUAAAGGUUAAUGCUAAACUGCACACUCCUGCAUCUGCUGACUUUCCUCUGGGAAAAAUGACAGACAGGACAAACUGGAUGAUACUUUAAAUAUGCCACAAAUCCUCCCAGAAAACAUAAAAAAAUAAAUAAAUAAAUCUGUUCCCUAAAUAAUUAUGAAAAAUCUUUUCAUAAAUCAGCUCAGAGGUUUAGAAAACGUUGCAUGUGGCAGUGAUAUAACUUGGUAACAGAGCUGGAGAGCGGUGGAAAUGGCUAACCAGAUUUUAUGCAUUUCUUUGCUGACCUUGGAACAGAUCACGGGAGGCCUCUCAGAAACUCUGAGCUACCAUAACAGUUUUAUCCAGCAGAGGUAGAGCCAAGGCGGUGCGUGUCCCUCUGAGCCUCAUAUGCACAUUUCUUCCAGGUCAGGAGGAAUUCAUGUGCUUUCUUGGUGGUUGGCAAGAAAGCAGAAACAGCUAGGAUUGUGACUCUUUGUGUCCGGCCAUUCUGCCUCUGAUGAGUCUAAACUUGUUAUUCUGCAGUCACACAUGGAAGUGAAAGUAGCUACUGUCGCAACAUGAACUAGAGGACUAAGGACAACAGUGGACACAAAGCAACAAGACUCAUCACCAAGAACUCUAAAAAGGUGUGACUAACUUUGAAGCACUGGAAUAGGCCAAAAUAGACUCUGGACUAUGAUGAGGUCACCGCAAUGCUGACAUUGCCUCUAAAUCCAAAGACAUCAUCAUGCUGAAGACGGAGGUUUCGGGGGAGAGAACCAGCCUCCGCAGUAACUCCCCCCACCGUAAUGCCUACCGGGCUGAGUUUCAGGCUCUAAAGAGGGCCUUUGACCAGCCUCGGAUUGAUGGAGACUCGAAGCCCAAAGAUCUUGAGCGGCUUAAACAACCUAGGGGUCGCCAGUAUGGAGCUCAUGUUAGUCGCAUUAAGGACAUGUUUAUGCAGAUGGGUUCAGAAAAUACAUCAAAUAGAGCCAGGAGUAGGGAUGAAUCCUCACCGCAAAAGCUAGUGAAACCCACCAACUUCAUAAACAAAACUGAUGGAUCAGUCAUCAAACUUCAACAUUCUUCAUCUGCUGAAAGGAUCGGGGGUGCAGGGGCAAAGUUUUCAGAGACAAGGAAACUAUUUGAGCAGCAGUCACGUGACCAAUCCCAAUCACCAGUCUUUUCCUACGGACGGGAUAAGAGGGGCUCUCAUGAACAUCUUGACGACUGGAGAGGAGCCAGGUCCAACAGAGGAAGCACAGACUCCCUGGACUCUUUGUGCUCUAGAACCGAGGCGUCAUCACCAACCGUCAGUCAGCUCAGCGCUGUUUUUGAAAAUGCAGACCAAAACAAUCAGGGGGGAUCCUAUAGAGGAGUCAGUAGGAGAGCCCUCUACUCACCUGAUGGAUCCUACCGCCAAGGAGGUGAUCUCAGCGAAGAUGAUUCCCGACAAUCUCCGAUACGUGGAAACUACCGGAACAAGAUAGGGGGUAAGCUUCCUGUCUCUUCAUCUGCUGAGGACCUCCUAAACCCCAGUCCUGGAGCCGAUACAUUUGAAGCCAAAAACGAAUCUUCACAAGAGGAAGAAAUCCAAGAAAAAAUUAGUGAAACUUCUAGAAGAGACAGACAAUAUUUGUAUAGUGCCACCACCAAUGGAAGCCAAGUUAAUGGUUCUUGCGAAGAAGAGGAAAAUCCCUCAGACUCAAUAACUGCCAUUGAGGAUCAUAAAGUCACUAAACCCUCAAACUCUACUGAUGGUGCUGUGAUUACCAAAAAAGCUUAUGAAGAUGCUACGCAACACCCACUGCCCACCACAACCCUACAAACUGGUGAAAGCAAAGAUGAUGCAUUUGCUUUAAAGCAGGGAACCUUUCCUGAGACACUAAAGGAUCAAACAGAAGAACCUGAGGAUGAAUAUACAGGAAAUGAGCGGGUGAUUUUUAAUGCAGAUGGCGACGCCUGCUACCAGGGUUGGGGGGAAAGCUGUACUGAUCCCGAUGAUGACCUGUAUGGCGAUGAUGAGGAUAUUGUAUAUGACCCUGGCUCUGAUGUGACAGAGAUCCCUGGUCUGCCGGAAGAGAACAAGGAGGACAUCCCACAUAAGAGGAAGAUUCGCUUCAGCACUUCUCCCAUUACAGUGUUCAACACCUACUCCAACGAGGACUACGAUCGCCGUAAUGAGGAAGUGGAUCCUGUGGCCUCCUCGGCAGAGUAUGAGCUGGAGAAGAGGGUGGAGAAACUGGAACUCUUCCCUGUGGAACUGGAGAAAGAUGAAGACGGUCUUGGGAUCAGUAUUAUCGGGAUGGGUGUCGGUGCUGAUGCUGGCUUGGAGAAACUGGGCAUCUUUGUAAAGACCGUCAUAGAGGGCGGAGCUGCUGAGAGAGACGGAAGGAUCAAGGUGAACGACCAGAUUGUAGAAGUGGACGGGACCAGUCUGGUGGGCGUGACGCAGAGCUUUGCUGCUUCAGUCCUGAGGAACACAUCAGGGGUGGUUCGUUUUGUGAUUGGCCGAGAGCGUCCAGGUCAGCAGAGUGAGGUGGCCACGCUCAUCCAGCAGACCCUGGAGCAGGAGAGAAGGCAGAGAGAGCUUCUGGAGCAGCAGUACGCCCACUAUGACGCUGAUGACGAUGAGCAGACAGGGGAGUAUGCCACAGAUGACGAGGAGACGGGAACAACGGCGGGUGAUGAAAAGAGCAUAGAGGUGUUCGAUCUGCCCGAGACCGAAGACAUCUUGUCUCCUUCAGAGUUAGAUGCCACAAAACUCUACCAGAAGUUCAGAGAGCUCCAGAUCAAGCAUACAGUGACUGAGGCUGAGAUCCAGAAGCUGAAGAACAAGUUGGCCUCCGUUGAGAAGGAGAAGCAACGCUGGGAGAAGGAGAAGAGCCAGCUGAAGGCGAGCAUUGAGGAGAACAAGGAGAGGAUGUUGAAGCUGGAGAGCUACUGGAUCGAGGCCCAGACUCUCUGCCACACCGUCAACGAGCAUCUGAAGGAGGCCCAGGCCCAGUACCAGACUCUGGAGAAGAAAUACAGCAAGGCCAAGAAACUCAUUAAGGACUUCCAGCAGAAAGAGGUGGAGUUCAUCCAGAAGGAAGAUGCAGAGAGGAGGCGGCUGGAGGAGGCUGAGAAAGCUCACCUGGCUGAGAUCCAGGGACUACAAGUUAGGAUUGCAGCGUUGGAGUCCGAGUUAAUGCAGCUGAUGAAGCAGAAUGGCAUCCAGGUCAACAACAACAACAGCAACGGCUCUGAGAGGCUCAGCGCUCAGCAGCAUAUCCGCAGCGGAGCGGCAGCUCUACCUACAGUUUCUUCUGCAGAAGUAAAGCACUCAUCCAGCAUAAAGACAGACUGCUCAGGAGAUGGUGUCGGCUUUCCAGAAGGACAGAUCUCUGAGGCACAUGCAAGCCCCUCCCAAACCUCUGGAUCAGUUUGGACCAGUGCAGAGGGGUCCCCCAGAAAAACACCACUUGGAGCUCAAUCUGUUUUAAUGUCAAGCUCAACGCAAAAACUGGAGGAACUUGGUUCUGCUGAGCUGCCAGCAGAGAGCAGUGCAAAGGAUGAUCCAAAGGCUAAGAGCUCCCUUUCUUGGCCCCAGUUCUUCUCCUAUUCAUAUUAUGUGGCUCCAGCUCUGCGCGACGACGUGAGCGCCAGCAGCAGCAGCAGCUCAGUGGAGAUCAGUGGUCUGCUCGGCGCCGCCAAGAUGUCGGGGCGCUCACACACCCCAGUGCUGUCCUCAGACGAGAGUCUGGAUAUGAUAGAUGAUGAGAUCCUAGAAGAAGCGCAGUCCUUCAAGCAGCAUCAGUGGCAGAACCGCAGCAUCACAGAGUGGACCUCACAGCAGGUGGCCAGCUGGCUCACAGGCCUCAAUUUAGAACACCACAUCCCAGAAUUCACUGCCAAAAACAUAGACGGGGAGCAGCUGCUGCAGUUGGAGAGUGCUGAACUCAAGACCCUGGGUGUCACUUCUUCCCAGGACCGUACCCUAAUCAAGAAAAAGAUCAAAGACCUUAAAGUUCUAAUGGAGAAGGCCAGGCGCAACCAGGAGAAAGUUGAGAAACAACGGCAGAAAAUACGCAAGCGAGAACUGGAGCAGCAGCAGAAGGGUGCAUGCAAAGAAAGCAACAUUGAGUGAAAAAAAAAAAGACCUUACCUCCUGUUGUUGUACUCUAGCGCCACAUAGAGUAGCAUCUAGUGGCACAAAAAGUCAGCAGGUUCCCGAAACCCAGAGGGACGCCUGCUCUGUAGUUCUCAACAUUGGAGCUCCACAGCUGACGGAAGGGGACCUAUUCACCCUGUAAACCAAAACCAGAACAAGCUUUUGGUUGGUUUUUGGGAUCCUGCCCUUUGUUUUCUCCCUUUUUUUCCCAUCCUGUGAUUUUACACUUUUCCAGAAGUUACUGAGUUCUAUUUAUUUUGCUGUUUAUAGCUGUAAAUUGGGUUUAUUUAUUCAUAUCCAGAGUAACGUUUGUGACAUUUUAAUCACGCCCUCCUCCCAUACUGUCACAGAUAAAACCCAUGUCCAUGUACAGCGAUAGAUACAGAUAAUAAUAUGUCUAAUGUGCCAUUUUAAUAGACUUAUGUAAAUCUAAAUGAGCAGUAUAUACUGCUUUUGUGAAGCAGAUCAGGUCUGCCAUCUCUCAACACAAGGUGUCUCCAUGCUGCUUAUGUUCUCCAUCCAAGGAAGCAGAACAUGGGAGGGAGAUGCUCUGUUGGAGAACACUGGAAUUACAAACACUGUAAAUGUUAACAUUAUAUGUUGAAAAAGCAGCUAUCAGGGUACGACUGAAAAAAGCCGUACUGUAUUGACUGGACUGGGUUUGUAAUUGAUCUUCAGGUACUGUGUAAGCAGUGAAUUUGUAACCUAAUCAAAUCCUCAAGAAGCUCAUUUAUUGAAACUUCCUGCUCAUAUGCAUAACAGUCCUCCGACUCCUCCAAUAGCCUGCUUCUGACCUCUUUUGUAAGUCUGUAAAAGAGUUCAAUCCUGCUGCUGCCUUUGGUCAUGCUAGAGUAGUUGAAUACUUCCUGAGCUCUACUUGCUUCUGUGUGCGUGUUGAAACAACUGCUAAGCUAAUUCUCUUAAAUUCUUUAUUGUUGUUAUUUUUAAUGACUUAUGUGUAAAAACCAUGCCUGACACAGUAAUGUUGCACUGGAAGUCCACAUCAUGGAGAGAUGUACCAAUCUAACUUUUAUUUUGGAUUUCUGAUCGAAUGAUGCUGAUAUUUUUUUUUUAAACCAUGAGCAUACCACACAUACAACAUAGCACUUUUUUUUUUAUUUUUAAAGCUUAGCUGCUGGGAGCAUUACACAAGGUUAUAUUAAUAUUUAAAAAAACAGGGACAAAAUGGCAAAGAAAGAGCAGCUUUACCAAAAUCACAAUCUUCUUUUGGUGUUUUAUUUUUAUGAUCUACAAAAAAAACACAAAUGCUUUUCCAAAACCAGAGUAUUCCAUUAAAUAUAUAGAUCGAUGGCUCAAAAUUAUAAGAAAAAAAUGAAAAAAAAAGGUGAAGCUUUACGCGGGGCUCACACUGAACGCGGUGCAGCAAGGAACCAAAUCAACCAAAAUGGAACCAAAAUCAUUACAAGCAAUACGUACACUCAGCCAUGGUGAAGUGCGGGUGCUGUAACCGAGGUGAUGUUGAUCAACAAAGUCUUUACGCAAGAAGGAGGUUUUUGCCAAACAGGAAUAGCACCACCGACCUACAAUAAUCUGACUGCCGAAAAACAAAUAGGCAAAAUAGAGAGAGUGGAUAUUGGACGAUGAGAGGGAUAAUUACACUUAGACAAACUUUAUUAUCAUUUUGUAUCACAGAGUUCAUUCAAAACGAAAUUUUUGAUGCAUACAGCUUUUGAACAGUGAAUGAACCGCUAACAACAUGAUAUGAACUUUACCAUUGAUAAAGCACAGCAGUGAGCAGAAAGUAGACCGUGUAGGAGAAAAGGAAACCAAUUUAAAGUCAUAGUGCAAAAGGCAUUAAUAUGGAAAGGUUCAGUGCAGCGCAAAAUAAAUGAUUAUGCUGCAAAAUGCAGUAGAACAUUAAGCUGUGUUUUAUUUAAAGAGAUUAUGAAAAAGUCCGCCACAUUCGUAGUGCAAAUAUGUUUGAUACAGAGUCUUGAUUAGAGGUUCAAGAGUCUGAUGGCAGCGGGGGGAAAAGCUGUUACAGAAUCAGCUGGGCCUGUAGGGAAUGCUGUGAAAACUCUUCCCAGAGGGCAGCAGGGAGAACAGUCCAUUUACAUGCACCAAAAAGUUUUGACCGACUCCAGGAUAGAGCUUGAACCCAUUUGAACUCUUUAUCUCUCUAGUGCUGUUGUUGCAGCUGGAGAUGCAGGAGGAAGCACCUGGUUGCAGUGACUCUCUGCAGCACAGCUCAGCAGCUGCGCCGUGUUCAGUGUGAGCCUGGUUUUAUAUAUUCCCAAAGUUCAGUGGUUGGCUAAAAUCCAUCAAUAAUAUAUGUUAUGAAACAUACUACAUACUGUUUUUGAAACUAUUAGUUAUUCAGGUGUUAAAAUUCUGUAGUGUUGUGACUGAACUAAAUAUAAAAACUGGUAGCUAAAGUUUUGUUUAACUUACCCAUUUUUAAAAAUAUCAAAUAGUUUUUUUGGGGGUAUAAUUUACACAAACCUUCAUAAAGUUGGCCUUUAAACAAUCCCCUAAAUUAUAAAUUUACAUUCUUGCCAUUUCCUAACGGUGAUCUUCACUCUGCAUCCACACUGAAGAGUGUUGCUGUUAGACGAUCCUGAUAGGUCUUACACUGGUGCAUUCUCAGAUUCUCAUGAUUAUUUUUUUUAUUUCUAUUUCCAACAUCGGUUGUAAACUUAAACAGAAAAACGUUUGAUUCUGUUCACUAUCCAUUCGCUUGGUGCAUCUCCACCAUCAAUUUCUUAUCCAACACAGUAAUUGCUACUGUUAUGACCUUAUGCAUUUUGAAGUUAUUUGUACUAAUGUUAUUCAAGACUCUGAAAGUCUGCUCCCCAUCACCAGGAUAACAUUUGAUGCGAUGUGCACCACAAUUACCAUUUUGUCCAAGGAGACUUGUUAACUUGCUGCUUACAAAUUAGGAACAGGCCUCACCAAUCACUAUUAUUUAUCUAAUAUAUUUUACUAAGUAUCUAUAUGUUCUUUUUUAACUUAUGAAAAGAGUUUUAUAAAUAGUAAACAUUGAUUAAUCAAGAAUUUUAGGAUUAAACCCUUUUUCCUAACCAUGAUUAAACCCUCCCAUUCAAACUGAGUCAGAAGGAAAAAUAUAAAAGUUCAUCCAAAGAGAGAAGGAAAAAGCAGUCAUUUCCUGUUGUGCUUGUGGUUUUCCUCUCUUGCAACCACAGUACUUCAGUGCUACUGCAAAAGGUUUAUUCUUAUGAAAUAUUUUCUAACCCUCUGUGAAUAUCCAGCAAGCUGGACUCUUUUGACUCCUUUUUUUGUAUGUACAGUUAAACACUAAAAGCAAUAUGGUGUCAGAACCCUGCAGAAGCCUUGUUUUAUAUUGUGUCAGUGUGUUUGCGCAACUUGCCUGAGGCUUUAGAAGACCCGAGCUACCAAUGUGACUCCGCUGUGAAUCUUUUCUAUGUGUUUUUGUUUUGUCCGAGCUUGCCUGGGCUGACUUAUCCCAUGUAAGGAUGAGAAACUGGUGCUUCUGGCAGGUGAAGAUAUAACAAAGGUUUGAGUCAAACUUGGAGACGUUUGUCUUUUAUGUGCAUUAAAGAGUGAAAGACGUUUGCCAUAAAAAGUAAGUCAUGCUUUUACCCUUAUAAAGCUGCCCCCCUCCCUCUUUGCCUUGCUUUUUUUUUUCUUUUUUUUUUGCAUUCUGCAGUUUGAAAGGGCAGCGAUCUGUCACGCUAAAUAAAAUGUGCUGUCAUUGUC